AUGGAGGAGCAGAGACGGAGAAAAGCAAAAUGGAAACGAAGGAGGACCGUCAUGGAGGAGGAAGGACUUGUUGCUUCUAUAUCUGCUAGUCUAAAUUCGGUUCCAGUUCUUAAUAGUACAAAUUUUAAGGACUGGAAAGAGAACAUGCAAAUUGUUCUUGGCUGCACGGAUCUAGACCUUGCAUUAAGGAUUGAGAAACCCUCUUCUCUUACAGAUUCUAGUACCUCUGAACAGAGGAGACUUCAUGAGAAGUGGGAUCACUCAAAUCGCAUGAGCCUUAUGAUCAUUAAGCACGGUAUUCCUGAGGUCUUUAGGGGCACUGUUUUAGAUGAUAUAACAAGUGCCAAAGAAUUCCUUGCUAAAAUUGAAAAGCAUUUUGCAAAAAAUGAUAAGGCGAAAACUAGUACUCUUCUUCAGAACUUGAUUUCUAUGAAGUAUCAAGGCAAAGGAAAUAUAAGGGAAUACAUUAUGGGAAUGUCAAAUAUUGCUUCAAAAUUAAGGGCACUAAAGUUUGAGCUGUCAGAAGACUUGCUUAUUCAUUUAGUGCUGAUUUCUCUACCUUCACAGUUUAGUGAGUUUAAGAUCUCUUAUAACUGUGUGCAAGAAGAGGAAAGAAUGAAGCAAGAAAGGACUGAAAGUGCCCACUUUGUGAGUGCCUCUAAAGACAAGGGCAAAAGAAAGAUGACUUAA